CGCCCACUGCCAUUGUAAUUAUGGCCCCGUCCAGCAAGAAGCAAAAGGUCAAGGUCACCUCCGACCCCAUCUACUUCUACGGCAUGAGCGAAAAGCCCUACGGCAUCUUCUCCCAGUUUCAAAAGGGCGCCUUCACCGACCCAAACUACCCUUCUGCCAAGUUCAACUGCGCAGAACAAUACAUGAUGUAUGGCAAAGCCCAAACCUUCAGCAGCCCGGACAUUGCCGCAAAUAUUCUGGCUACCACAGCUUCCAAAGCUCAGAAAGCCCUAGGUCGCAAGAUCAAGGACUUCACGGAUGUUGUCUGGGAUAAGGUCAAGUGUGGUAUCGUCGAAAGAGGCAAUUAUCUCAAAUUCAGUCAGAAUGAAAAGUUCAAGAAAGUUCUGCUGGAGACUGGAGAUAGGGAGCUGGUUGAGGCUGCUAGUAACGACAAUAUCUGGGGGAUUGGAUUCACUGCUGCGGGAGCAAAGAGAGUGUCCCGUGAGCAGUGGGGACAGAAUCUUCUGGGUAUCGCACUCAUGAAUGUCAGAAAGAAGAUCAGAGCUGAAGAGGCUGGAGAAGAAGAUGAAGCUACCGAAUCAGCAGAUCAGACUUCAGAAGAUGAGGACGAUGAAGAUGAUCAAAGCGACGAAGAAGUCAAGAACGUCUCAGCCGCCACCAAGUCUUCCGCUACCAAAAAGCGCAAGCACGACUCCAUCACCAAAGGAGCACCAAAAUUACCCUCUUCAUCAAAAGUCAUUACCUCCAAGAAGAAGUCUGCCAUAGAGACCACAGGUGUGAAGAAAGGACUCUAUCAGGCCAUGGUCGACGACGCCGAGGAAAGUGACGAAGAGCAAAAGAAGCAUUCGACGGUUCGCGAACCCAUCGCCAAGCUAGCUGCCAGAGAAGAAUCUGUGGCUUCAAAGAACAAGUCCGUCAAGGAGACUACAUGCGUUAACGAAGAACCCAAUCAGCUGCUAAGCACAAAGACUCACUCCAAGAAACAUGACGGCGAUGAAGAUGGCAGACCCCUCAAGAAGAAAAAGAAGACGAACAAGCAGACUAAUGAUGAAUUGCUGGAGAUGCUAACCAAGAAGGCUGUGGAUGACUCUAUGGUUAAUGGCCUUCGCUGAACACACAUAUCCAGGAUACCUGACAAGCAAACUCAAUAUCACAGACGUGGCUAUUAAAUUCAGGAAGAGGGGCCGAGGUCAGUCAAGCUGUUUCUCGAGACAUGAUUUUUCCGACGAGCAGAUCUCAAGAUCGCAACCGAAACAGAUUCAUUUGACAGCCAUGAUGUUGCCCUGUUCAAGGAGACAUUUAAUCUACGAUUCAGGUACUAUUCCAUUUUGCUUUUUUUGCACUUUUUCUGUUCCUCAUCUCCCUACAAGCUAUGCGAAAUCUUCGAAUAUGGAUCGGAGGAAGUCAUUGCAUAUGAACACUCGUGUUAUCUUUUACGGACAGUGAAAGGACGAUUCAAAUGGAAACUUUCACAAACGAAUCAAUGAUUAAGACUCCGUAUCAUCUUGGAUUGGCAGUGGAGCUGACUUGUGUC